GCUCCAAUCAGGAGCUCCGAAGGUGUCUCGAAGGCCCGCCCCCUCCUCCCUAUCCACUUUUCUUCCCCCCCAUAUCCCCCCCCCCCCCCCCCCCCCCCACUCAAGUCCUGCGGACCUGGGGGCUUCGGGAUCUGGGCGCUAUGAAAAGUGUCUGUCCGGUCACUUCCGGUUUUUCUUCCCCCAGUCCCUCAGCUGCUGCUGCUGCUCAGGAGGUCAGAUCUGCCACUGAUGGUAAUACCAGCACCACUCCGCCCACCUCUGCCAAGAAGAGAAAGUUAAACAGCAGCAGCAGUAGCGGCAGUAACAGUAGUAACGAGAGAGAAGACUUUGAUUCCACCUCUUCCUCCUCUUCCACUCCUCCUUUACAACCCAGGGAUUCGGCAUCCCCUUCAACCUCGUCCUUCUGCCUGGGGGUUUCAGUGGCUGCUUCCAGCCACGUACCGAUACAGAAGAAGCUGCGUUUUGAAGACACCCUGGAGUUUGUAGGGUUUGAUGCGAAGAUGGCUGAGGAAUCCUCCUCCUCCUCCUCCUCAUCUUCACCAACUGCUGCAACAUCUCAGCAGCAGCAACUUAAAAAUAAGAGUAUAUUAAUCUCUUCUGUGGCUUCGGUGCAUCAUGCAAACGGCCUAGCCAAAUCUUCUACCACCGUCUCUAGCUUUGCUAACAGCAAGCCUGGCUCUGCUAAGAAGUUAGUGAUCAAGAACUUUAAAGAUAAGCCUAAGUUACCAGAAAACUACACAGAUGAAACCUGGCAAAAACUGAAAGAAGCAGUGGAAGCUAUUCAGAAUAGUACUUCAAUUAAGUAUAAUUUAGAAGAACUCUACCAGGCUGUAGAAAAUCUCUGUUCUUACAAGAUUUCUGCAAACUUGUACAAACAGCUGAGACAGAUCUGUGAAGAUCACAUCAAAGCACAGAUUCAUCAAUUCAGAGAGGAUUCAUUGGAUAGUGUUCUUUUUCUAAAGAAGAUUGAUAGAUGCUGGCAAAACCAUUGCAGACAAAUGAUCAUGAUCAGGAGCAUUUUUUUGUUUCUGGAUAGAACUUACGUUCUUCAGAAUUCAAUGCUACCCUCCAUUUGGGACAUGGGACUGGAGUUAUUUAGGGCUCAUAUUAUAAGUGAUCAGAAAGUCCAGAAUAAGACAAUUGAUGGCAUCCUUCUCUUGAUUGAGAGGGAAAGGAAUGGUGAAGCAAUUGAUAGAAGUUUACUCCGAAGCCUUUUAAGCAUGCUAUCUGAUUUGCAAAUUUAUCAAGAUUCUUUUGAACAACGAUUUUUGGAAGAAACUAACCGGCUCUAUGCAGCUGAAGGCCAAAAAUUAAUGCAAGAAAGAGAGGUUCCUGAAUAUCUUCAUCACGUUAACAAACGUCUAGAAGAAGAAGCAGACAGACUUAUUACUUACUUAGAUCAGACCACCCAGAAGUCAUUAAUUGCUACUGUAGAAAAACAACUCCUAGGUGAACACUUAACAGCAAUUCUUCAGAAAGGUUUAAAUAAUCUCCUUGAUGAAAACCGAAUUCAAGAUUUGUCCCUCCUGUAUCAGCUCUUCAGUAGAGUUCGAGGUGGAGUUCAGGUUCUUUUGCAGCAGUGGAUUGAAUACAUCAAGGCAUUUGGCAGCACUAUUGUAAUUAAUCCUGAAAAAGAUAAAACCAUGGUUCAAGAAUUGCUGGAUUUUAAAGAUAAGGUUGACCAUAUAAUUGAUAUCUGCUUUCUGAAGAAUGAGAAAUUUAUCAAUGCCAUGAAAGAAGCAUUCGAAACAUUUAUUAACAAAAGACCAAAUAAACCGGCUGAACUUAUAGCUAAGUAUGUAGAUUCAAAGCUUCGUGCAGGCAACAAAGAAGCUACAGAUGAAGAACUUGAGAAAAUGUUGGAUAAAAUUAUGAUCAUAUUUAGAUUUAUCUAUGGCAAGGAUGUUUUUGAGGCCUUCUAUAAGAAAGAUUUAGCCAAGCGCCUGUUGGUUGGGAAGAGUGCAUCUGUAGAUGCUGAAAAAUCAAUGCUGUCCAAACUUAAACAUGAAUGCGGAGCUGCUUUCACCAGCAAACUUGAAGGAAUGUUUAAAGACAUGGAACUUUCUAAAGACAUCAUGAUUCAGUUCAAACAGGUCUCUCCCUGCAGACAGGCAGUGGAGCAAGCGAAAAACUGGAGACUUGGGCUGGCUGGUGGGUAUAUGCAGAAUCAGAAUGUUCCGGGAAAUAUUGAGUUAACUGUGAAUAUCCUGACAAUGGGCUAUUGGCCAACAUAUGUGCCUAUGGAAGUUCAUUUACCACCAGAGAUGGUAAAACUUCAGGAGAUUUUCAAGACAUUUUACCUAGGCAAACAUAGUGGCAGGAAACUUCAGUGGCAGUCAACCCUAGGACACUGUGUGCUAAAAGCAGAAUUUAAAGAGGGUAAAAAAGAACUCCAGGUCUCUCUUUUUCAAACACUGGUGCUGCUAAUGUUUAAUGAGGGAGAGGAGUUCAGUUUAGAAGAGAUCAAGCAGGCAACUGGAAUAGAGGAUGGAGAGUUAAGGAGAACACUGCAGUCUUUAGCCUGUGGCAAAGCUAGAGUUCUGGCGAAAAAUCCAAAGGGCAAAGAUAUCGAAGAUGGUGACAAGUUCAUUUGUAAUGAUGAUUUCAGACACAAACUUUUCAGGAUAAAGAUUAAUCAAAUCCAGAUGAAAGAAACGGUUGAAGAACAAGCAAGUACUACAGAAAGAGUAUUUCAAGACAGACAGUAUCAAAUUGAUGCUGCAAUUGUUCGAAUUAUGAAGAUGAGAAAGACACUUAGCCACAAUCUCCUUGUUUCAGAAGUAUACAACCAGUUGAAAUUUCCAGUUAAGCCUGCUGAUCUUAAGAAGAGAAUAGAAUCCUUAAUAGAUCGGGACUACAUGGAAAGAGAUAAAGAAAACCCAAACCAGUACAACUAUAUUGCAUAAAAUGUUGGCCUUGCAUUUGGUGUCAUAUGCAGUAGCCAGUGGAUAAACUAACCUGUUGAUUCAAUAUUAUUUGACUCCUUUUUUACUACCGAUGACCAAAUGAAGCAGUGUAAUUAAUGGAAAUAGUUGAGUGGACUUUUUCUCAGUGGUUAACAUGGCCGUUUUAAAGAGUAAUACUUACCUUUAAGAAGAAUGUUGUUGAACUCUUUGCAUGUUAUUUAGUAUGAUGUGCAGAAAACACUUAAGAACGUACCUGGUCUUCAUAAAUUCCUCUUUGGAACUGGGAAAGAGAUCCCUGCGGCUAUUAAAAAGGGGGGAGGGUUCUUAUACACCAUUAAAUAUGAAGCAGAAGGUUUAUUUGCUUAAAAUGUCAUUUAAAGACACUUAAACUGCAUGCAAACUUUAUUUACUGUACAGAGUUCUGGAUGUAUUUAUCAAAUAGAAAAACCACCCUUGACUUGGUUGUUCACCCAUUUCGUGGUUUCCCUUGAAAAGAGAAACAAGUUGUCAUAGCUAUUGAUAUUUUACUAGGUAAUGUUCUGUCACACUGAAAGGGAUGUUGUUUUAAAAGAAAAAUUAUUUGGAAACAAGUUUUCAAGUAGGGGGACAGUUGCUUACGUAAUAUCUUGUAUAUUCACAUCCUAAAAAUUUCCAUUUAUGAGUAUGGGAUGUGUAUAUAUGGCUUAGCCCCGAGUUUACUGUGCUGAUUAACACAUACUUAUAAAAAUAGCUAAAAUAGAAAAUUAAUGAUCAGUUGUACUAGAGGAACAUCAUAGAAGAGAAAAUAUUCCAACUCUUUCUUUAUAUUAAAAAUGAAUACAAUAAGAAAAGUGCAAAAGAGACCAAAAUGAACGUGUUUUGUAAAUUGUUACAGGAGCAAAAACUUGUCAACUAGUUUUCAACAUAUUUUAGACUUUAAAUGUUGUUAGGACAGUUUUGUCUUCAACUUGGACCAACUGUAGAUUGUUACAGGCUUCCUAGGAUUUAGCAUUCUAUUUUCUCUACCAAAGUUUUUUUGGAAACAUCCCAACUCUUCUCUUUGUUUGAUAAAUAAACCUUUCCUGUCAUCCUCAUUUUAACUUCCUAAAACCCUAGAUAUAAAGGUCCUCCCUCAUUUUUCCCACACAGCCUCUGUUGGGGAAUUUGACAUUCUGUGUCAUGCUGGUCUUCCUUUCAGAAUUGCUUGAAGUUGAGUUAUCUUAGCCAUUGGACACCUGCUUUUCAGGAAAAUGACCCAGGAUUGUUAAUAUAUACGAAAUGGCAAAAGUACUGUUUUUCAAAUUGAGCAAAAGGCUUCCCUUUACCAUCAGUGUUCUAUUGUUUUUGUUUUGCUUCCUUCUAUUUCCUUGAAGCAUUGAAGGGAGGAGAAGCAGAAAAUUUUGUUUUUGUUUUUUAAAAAUCAGAACUACUUAAUGCUUUUUGCCACAGUAUAUUACCUUGCCUGUUGGAGCCGUUAGGAAGAUUACCUAUGUCCUAAUGUUCAACUUGAGGAGAUUUUUGAAUCUUAUGUCUGCUGUUGAUUGUUUUCUUGAGUUCUAGAAGACCUGUGGCCAAGUAUUUUUUAAAGUUGCCUGUUUCUUUUGCGUCAACUUGCACACUGGUGUCUAACUAUAUGUGGUAUUCAGAACUUAUAAUUCUUAUUGAGCAGCCAUUGCCUAUAUUUUCUCAGCUCCUCUCCGAUUUCUUUAUAUGAGCUCAGCUGACAAGCAAAUGCAGCUAUUUUGUUUGCCCUCUCUUCAUACCGGACCAUCAACAACAGUGUUCUAACAUCCCUGAUGGUCUCUGAGAUGUAGACUAUUACACAAGAUUCGAGUUAUUCUUAAGCAACUUUUAGAUAGAGUUGGUCCUGUUACAAGGAAACUCUUGAUGUCAUCUUUGUUAUCUUGAAAGCAGGUCUCCUCCCUGAAGCUUUUAAGUUUUUGAAAACUUGAUGCUGUUUUAGCUGAAAAACUAGCAAGACUGUUAAAAAAAAACAAGUUGAUGGGAGCUGUUUAAGAAACUGAAAAGUAAUAGCAAACUACAUUGGAUAAUUGUGAUUUUUCAGUUGUUGUUCUGUAUCAGUUGAAUUUUUGUGCUCUUUUCCCUGUGUACGUGGUGGUUCUAUUUUUCUCCAAUAAAACUUUUAUUUAAAAAAA